AUGGAAUACCUUACUAAAACUAUUGAUUGGAUUUGCGUUAUUUUGUUUACCUUGGGCUUCAUCGGCAAUCUACUCGGUCUAGUCGUAUUUUCGUCGCGUCGUUUUCGGUGUUGUUCGACGUAUGUCAUAUUAGCACUGUCAUCAUUUGCAAUCAACUUAGUAUGUAUCGUACGUUACUCACUGCUGCUUCAUUCGACAGCUCGACUUUGGUUGACAGUCAACGUUGUCGAUAGUUAUUGGUUAGCAUGUAAAUUCUUUCGCUUGUCUACAUCAUUUCGUGUUCUCUCUGCAUGGGUGACGGUAUUUUGGGUUAUUGAAAGGUUUGUGUAUGUGUCAUCACGCCUGAAUCUCUUACCAAAUCCUGGUGAGAAGUUUCAAUUCAUUGAAAAGUACAAGUACCUGUGCAUGACGUGUGCUUCAUUCAUGAUGAUAAUCAUCGUGUCAGGGCCGAUAACUUAUUUUUAUGCACCAUAUCCGAGCGGUCCAAAUGUAACAGAGUCGUCAACAAAAUGUACGUUAGAUAUGGAACAUACUUCAAUCAAAUGGAAAAAAUACUUCACCAUUGAUUCAUUUGGUUGCAAUUACCAUACAAUAAGAUUCUUAUUUUCAGAAAUUAUUCCGUCGAUUCUUGUUGGACUGUUUAAUAUUUGUAUCAUUAUCUGCAUCCUACGCACGACUGCUCAUGUUCGUCGACGACAAGAAUUUCAGCAUAAUCAAAUCUCCAUGUCAAUGGUAACAGGCACAACAUCGAAAUUAUCUCCAUCAAACAUUUAUGAUUCUAAUCAGCAACGUCAUCCUGCGAUGCGCCGUUGCUCAUUCAAAGGCCCAGGAGCAACGAUAGCUCCUAUGACGAAUGCACCUUUCGGAAAAAUGUCCUGGAUGAAUAUGAUUUUAAUUUUACACUCAAUUCUGUUCUUUCUGUCAUUCAGUGCUUCGUCGUUAGUUCAUUUUUGGACAUCCAACAAGGAACUUUCAUACGCGACGAGUAUUAUUAUACUAGCAAGUUGUUCAUUAAAUUUCUAUGUAUAUUGUCUGAGUGGAGCGCACUUUCGUACGGAAUUAAAACGUAUCGCCAAACGUUAUAUUAGAAAUUUACAUAAGAAAAUCCUUCGUCAUUGCUAUAAGCAUCAUCACCGCCGCCAUUCAACUACACCAAACGGAAAAGAACAACUCUACUUUGAACUUCCACUCAAACAAGAUCCGCUGCCAACACAUCUGCGACAGUAUCAAACUAUCGAACGUAUGCGAUGA